AUGUCAAAUGCAAAGUGUGACUCCUAUUUCUACGAAGUUGACCCUAAAAACUGGCGCUUUGUAGAUUUUUACAGACACCGCCAGAGUCGAGGAGAGUUCAGUGCAUCGUUUAAAACCGAAGCCCUCGUUCUGAGAAGGUCUCUAGACUACCAGCUGGAGAAAGGAUCGGAGCAGGCUAAAGUAUAUGCGGAACGUCUUCUCGGCGUCUUUAGUGCAAGGAUAUUCAAGGGCAGUAAAGGUUUUCUACCCAUGACUACGGAGAACAAGCUUCGUGUUGUUCUCUUUAUGAUGCUUCGUGAUCGUUAUGCUGGUGGAGCAAGCUUCGUGUUGCCCUUCAACGAUCUUCGUGAUCGUUGUUCUGCCUUGAAGAGUCCUCCAUUAAAUAAUCAUCGUAAUUUGGAAGAUGUCGAGGCCUUUUGGAAGAUGGUCGAAACCCAAAAAUCCGAAAAAGAACAACUCGAAUGUUCGAAGACCCAGGCGUUACGAAGCGUUUUCGAAGGAGCGACCAUGUACACGAACCAGGUAUUUCAAACGGCCGUACAAAACUUAAUCUCUGGCAAUAUUGUGAAUGAAAGGAAACGACAACGACCUGCAGAGGAAAGCUAUCCCAUUUUUAAGCGCCCGCCUAACCUUCGUGACUGUGAUCAACAUGAAGAGGUCCACCAUAUAGAUUGUAUGGAAAGCCAGGAGCAUAGGAAAACUUCUGAAGAUGUGUGCACUCCUGCACCUGGAGAUAUUGAUGAUGGGAAACACGAAAGUGAGGAGGAAAAACCUGAACAGAUCGAAGUUGAUCUGGAGGAUCUUGCAAGGAUCAUAGAUAUGGUGCCCUUGAUUGAGAUAAAUAAGUCAUAUCGCGUGCUUUCCAACAAUUCGCCAGAAAAACUGGAUCUCCCGCUGAUCCCUCCGACAGCAGUGAGAUAUGUCAAGUCAGUUAUAUUGUCUAUGAAAGCAUAA